AUGAUGUCGAAACGGAAACAUACUGAUACGUUGCCGGACGAUCCACCUCAAUUCGUUGCCUACGCGGAUUACAUGGAACUUUUCAAUCAUGUGUCGAAGCUCACUGCAAUCAUCAACGAACUGAGGUCGGGUAUCAUCGAAUCUGCAUCAAAAACACUCGGUGAGAAAAUUGCUCUUACUUGUGAGCCACUUCCAGAUAUGUCACCUAUUGGACUUCCCGUAUUGGCACCUCCUGUUUUCGAUGAAGUAUUCCCGCAAUCAAUUUUUCCCACGUCUUAUGCUUCCGUGACUUCCAAGAAUGCUGGUGCCAACCCCAAUUCCGUCCCAAAGGUUUCCUCUUUCACGCCGAAUCACUUGGAUAAAUUGGAAAUCGCGCGGGAGGCCGCUAAAUUGAUCGAUAAAGCUACACGGGUUGUCAUCGAACGUUUCCCUGAUGAUCGCAACGACAAGGAGCAAGAUACAAAGCAACUCCGCAUUCUCCAGAAUCUUGCAUCCUCUAACAACCUUCCAGUUCCAGUCAAGAUCCAUCGUCACGAAUGCAAGUCAAUGUACCGCCCUUUGAAAGUUCAAUUUGAAUCCAGCUCCGACCGUGACUCGUUCCUACACGGAUUCCACAUUGCUCGUCGUACCAACCCUGAUAUCCUUGCCAUGCCGUCGAAGCCACGUGCUCGAAGAGAUCUGACUCGUCCUGAAUGGGAAACACUCCGUGCUUCUCGCAAGCACGUCUACGACGAGAACAAGAAAGCUGGAAAGACUAUCUUCAUCAUGUCUGAUAUCAAUUACCGCGUCAACAAGAAUCCGCUUCCUUUUCUCUAG